AUGGCAACGUACAUCACGGGUCUGCAGUGCCAAAAGUGCCGGACGGGGCUCAAGAUCGAUGGAUCGUUGGAACAGCUGAAUCCCGCCUCGUUCAACAUCCUCGCCGACGCAGCUCCAUCAUCAAAGCCGAAUCCUCCUGAAGCACCUCGUUCGGCGGCGGCGCAGGAACGGAGACAACUUUACAGUGAAGUCUCUCGUCAAGUCGCAUCUUCAUCUCCGCCCACCAAACGAAAUGUCUCGUCCAGUCAGAGGAUUCCCAGCGGCGGCCAUGGCCCUGUCGACCCGGAAAUGUCCUUUGUCCUCUUGCCCCACCACGAAGCGGCCUCAUCAUCCACAUCCACCYCCACCUCCACCCCGGAAACCCCUCGUUCGGCCGCUGCCAAGGAUCGAAUGAAGAAGCCUUACAAUGACACCUCCUCUCAAAACGCCUUUCCUCCUCUCAAAUCAACAUCUACGACUGGCAAGAUGAAUCCCGAAAUGUCGUACAUUUUGCUGUCGGAAUCCCAAGUCCUCCCCGAACCGCAGCCAGUCGCAAAGACGUCUUCCAAGAGAAAUCCCCACGCCAAAUCACCUGCAUUGGGUACUCAAAAUGGCGUCCSACUUUCACAAGAAAUGGAAACGACGAUGCGUCUGUUUGACAUUCUCUCCGCCCGAUCCGACAUUGAUCAUCCCAUCUGUUCCGAAUGCACCGACCUCUUGCUGGACAAUCUACAAAAACGCCAAGCGGGAAUCACACGUGAACGAGAGGCAUACGUUGACUUUCUCAAGAAAGCACAACAAGACAUUCCCACCGAGGAGGAAGGGGCCCAAACCAGGAAGAACUUGAACAACGCUCAGGAACGCGAACAGCAAGCCCUGGAAGAACUAGAAGCCCUUGAAGCCGAGAAAGCACGAAUGGAAGAAGAGCUCGCAAUUCUAGACGCCGAAUCCGAAGCUCUGGACGAUGAAGAAGAGGCCUUCUGGCGGGACCGCAACGCCUUCUCCGCCCAACUCACCUCCUUCCAGCAAGAACGCGACUCCCUGACCAACCAACUCCAACAAUCCACCAAAAUCCUCUCCGCUCUCCAACGUACAAACGUCUACAACGACACCUUCUGCAUCGGUCACGACGGCACCUUUGGAACCAUCAAUGGUCUGCGUCUCGGUCGCACCUCCGAACAUUCCGUCGACUGGCCCGAAAUCAACGCCGCCUGGGGGCAAACUCUCCUCCUUCUCACAGUUGUGACGGAAAAACUCGGCUACAAACUCACAGGCUACGAAUUGAUCCCCUGUGGCUCCACCUCCAAAGUCGUCAAAGUAGAUCACUCUCAAACCACCUCCCCAACCCCCAAGAAAACCAUCCUCGAAUUAUACAGCAACGGCGACCUCCCUCUCGGCCUGGGAUUUCUGAGCAGAAACUUCGACUACGCCAUGAUCGCCUUCCUGGACUGUCUGCGCGAAGUUGGAGAGUACGUGGCCGAGCAGUCCAACAAUUCUCAGGAUGGAACGCCGGCGUUGAAAAUGCCGUAUGUCAUCAAAAAGGAUAAGAUUGGGGACGUGAGUAUCAAAUUGGGAGGCUUUGGGCAGGAGGAAUAUUGGACGAAAGCGUGUAAGUAUACGUUGACGUGUUGUAAGUUUCUGUUGGCGCAUGCUAGUCAUGUCGAGGAUGGCAGGCGGUGA